AUGGCCACUCCUCUGCGCAUCGGCUUCGUGCCCGAGCACUUUUCUACCCCGCUGCACUUCGCCCAGAAGCACUUUGGCCUCGAUGCCACGCUGGUCCCCUUUCCCUCAGGCACGGGCCACAUGAUUACGGCUCUGCGGGCUGACGAGAUUGAUAUUGGCAUUGGCUUGACCGAGGCCUGGAUCGCCGGCCUGGGCAAGGAGGGCGUCGAGGGAGAUGGCGGAUAUCGCCUGGUUGGCACCUACGUUGAGACUCCGCUCUGCUGGGCCAUCUCGACCGGCGCCAAGCGCCCCGAAAUCACCUCCGUCGACUCCCUCAAGGGCGGCAAAAUCGGCGUCUCCCGCAUCGGCUCCGGCAGCUACGUGAUGGGCUACGUCCUGGCCGACCAGAACGGCUGGCUGACCCCCGGCGGCGCGGAGCCCUACGCCGACACCGUCGUGCUCAACACCUUUGAGAACCUGCGCAACGCGGUCAACUCGGGCGCGGCCGACUUCUUCAUGUGGGAGCACUUUACAUCCAAGAAGUUUUACGACUCGGGCGAGAUCCGCCGCGUGGGCGAGAUUUACACGCCGUGGAGCAGCUGGAAGAUUGUGGCGUCGACGAAGCUCGCAGGACCCGGAGGGGUGGAUGCACGUGUGAAGGAUUUGUUUGAGAAGCUGGACAAGGGGGUUGCGCACUUCAAUGCGAACCCGGAGGAGGCGGUGCAGUACAUCUCGACGAACCUGGACUAUUCGGCUGAGGAUGCGAGGGAGUGGCUCAAGACUGUGAGGUUUCCGGCCAAGACGGAGGGGGUCAAGCCUGAGGUUGUGUCAUCGUGCGUUUCGAUUUUGAGAAAGGCUGGAGUGCUGGCUGAGGGUAAGGGCAUGGACUCGAAGGAGAUGAUUGCGUGA